UUUUUCCCUUUCUUUUUUUCUUUUUCUUUUUUAUUCAUACAAUGGAAGAUACUGUAACCGAAAAUUUGUAUGAGGUACUUGGGAUACCCAAAUCAGCUACAACUGAACAAGUGAAAAAAGUGUGUUCGUAUUUUUUAUGUAUUGUUGAUUUAUUAUAAUAACAUUUUUUACAAUGAUUUAGGCUUAUAGAAAAUUAGCAUUAAGAUACCAUCCUGAUAAAAACCCAGAUAGUGCUGAUAAAUUUAAAGAAAUCAGCCACGCGUAUCAAGUGCUUGGAGACGAACAGAAGCGAAGAGUAUAUGAUCGAUAUGGUGAAUUAGGGUUGCAGAUGAUGGAUACAGUUGUCAGCCCAUUAUUCAAUCCAGAAGUAGAAUCCAUGUUAUGCACACUGCUGAUGUCUACUUCACUAGUGUUUAGUUUGACCAUUAUAUUUUUGGUGUUUUUAACAGUUCGGAUUGAUGAAUAUGUAAUGUGGUCAUGGUCCGUUGUCUGGAUACCCGCCUGGAUCAUCAAUGCGAUGCUUCUUUAUACACUCAUUCAAUAUGUCCUCAUACACAAAAAGAAGAAAGAAAGUGAAAAGGAAGACGAAAUGGAGGAAACAAAAGAAAACGAGAAACUGCUGGACAGAUGCAAAAAGGCUAUCCUCUUACUUAAUUUUAUCUUACUCCUCUUGUUUCAAAUCCUGAUUGUAGUACGAUUAGAUGGAAAAAGCAUGACAGCCUGUGCUGUGUUUAUACCCUAUUUCCUAUUUGAAGCCAUCCAUUUCUUUAGUGUGGGCUUAGAAACGCUCGUGGGAUGUUUGGCAUUACUGUCAGUGGGGGAAAAGAGUCGAUUGGGCAUCUUUAUUUUUAGUCAGCAUUGGUUCAGCCUAUUACGGUUCUGUCAGUUUUUACUGAUUCCCUUGCGUAUCGAUCUCAUCAUCUAUUGUUCCUGGGGUCUUGUAUUUAUACCAAUGUACCUUAUCGGUCUGAAAUGGGCGCUUGAAUUAGCCUACCGUUAUUAUGUCUUUUCAAAUAUGCCUCAGCCCGACAUUGCUCACCAAGGAAAAAUCACUGUGCUUGUGGGCGUCGUGGUAUUUACCAUCGUCAGUAUCUUGUUUUAUGCUCUGGUAGGUUUGAUAGCUCAACGAUUGGAUGGUGUCAUCCAUGUCAAUAUGUCAAAUGUCUUUGUUCCUCUGUUUAUCGUCUUUUCCAUGUUUUUGUGUUGUUCCGGAUGCUGUCUUCCGUGUUUGUUACGCGUAUCGGCAACGUCUGAUCUAGAAGAAUCCGAAACUCAACAAUUGGUAGAUGCAAGCAGACGAAUCACCGCAUCAUAAUUAGAAAUUCUUUCUUUUUUUUUUUGUAUUUUUCUUUUUUAUAUAUACAUAUAUUACAUUUUUCAUCUCAACAUAUAUACACGCGCA